CACGGAGCUUCAGCUCAGCGACUUCACACGGUACGACCCUCCCGCGCGCAUCUCCGCUCCACGCUGCGUAACCAACACCUCAGCGAGGAUGGACGGAUGGAUGGAUGCACGGAUUUGGAUAGAUGUUCCCGUUUAACCGAACGCGCACAUGAAGACCUCUUCAAGUGAUUCUUUGAUUACUUCCAGUGUUUUAUUUUUUUGUAACGGUUCUCGGAUUACCUUUGGUCUGUGAAAAUCAAAAGAAGUAAGGAGAUUUUUUUGAGGGAAGAGAAGAGAGGAAGGGGAGACAAGGAAAGCUCCGGAUUGCUGAGAAAGGCUGGGUGUGCUAGAAACACGGAAAGUCACAGAUCAUGCUUAUGGGAACUUCCGAUUCCGUCUCUAUAAGAGUGGCUCUGCCUGAUGCUCUAUCAUGACUGAUGGCGAGGGGAGAGCACGCUUUCAGUACGCUGAGUGCCCGGAGGGGCAGGAGCAGGAGGAAGUGCAGGAAGAGGUGAGGCUUGCUAUACCGACGCCCUACAGGAAGGACACCCCAGGCCAUGAUGUUGACCCUGGAGGAGGCCAUGACGAGGAGGAAGAGGAGGAGGUGGAGAGGGAGGGGAGGAGCAGUAGUGGACGGUGCGAAGGAGGAGAAUGGAGUUCUGAAGUUCAGGAGCAUGAAGACCAGGAACCGGAGCUGGAUGUGGAAGUUGGUCCAGCAUUGGGAGUUCGUAUCACAGCUCCGAUUCGCGAUCCAGACUGCGUCUCUGAGGAGGAGGAGCAGCAGCCGUACCCGGCCCUGGCCCCGCUGGCCUUCUUCUGCUUAAAGCAAACAACAAGGCCUCGCAACUGGUGUCUUCGCGUCGUCUGUAACCCAUGGUUCGAGCACGUAUCCAUGCUGGUGAUCCUGCUCAACUGUGUGACUCUGGGGAUGUUCCAGCCAUGUGAAGACGUCACCUGCCAGUCAGAGUGGUGCCGCAUCCUACAGGUAUUGGACGACUGUAUCUUUGCUUUCUUUGCUGUGGAAAUGGUCAUCAAGAUGGUGGCCCUGGGAAUAUUCGGCCCCAAUUGUUACCUUGGUGACAAGUGGAACCAGCUUGACUUUGUUAUCGUCAUGGCAGGGGUGAUGGAGUAUUCUCUGGAUGGCCAUAAUGCAAGUCUGUCUGCCAUCCGUACCGUCCGAGUACUUAGGCCACUUCGGGCCAUCAACAGAGUACCAAGUAUGCGGAUCUUGGUGACCCUGCUGUUGGACACACUGCCCAUGCUGGGAAAUGUGCUUCUUCUCUGCUUCUUUGUCUUUUUCAUCUUUGGCAUUGUGGGAGUCCAGCUGUGGGCGGGGCUGCUGCGCAACCGCUGCUUCCUGGGAGAGGACAUCAGAACAAUGUACAACUUGUCCAUAAGUUCUUACUACAUGUCUGAGGAAGGUGAAGACAGCCCAUUUAUCUGCUCGGCUCCCCGCGAGAACGGGAUGCUGCGCUGCCACGAUGUGCCGGCCUACACUGAGGGUGGGGCAGAGUGCUCAUUGGCUGCUUCCCACCAAACUUCAGCUCUGAUUGGAUCUUCCCCUGCGUUGGGCGGGGCCAGUGUUAAUGGCUGUGUUAACUGGAACCAGUACUAUAAUGUGUGUCGCCCCGGGGACUUCAACCCUCACAAGGGAGCUGUCAACUUUGACAAUAUUGGCUACGCGUGGAUAGCCAUAUUCCAGGUCAUCACACUGGAAGGAUGGGUAGAUAUCAUGUACUAUGUCAUGGAUGCUCACUCCUUCUACAAUUUUAUAUAUUUUAUACUGCUCAUUAUCGUGGGUUCUUUCUUCAUGAUCAACUUGUGCCUCGUGGUCAUCGCCACCCAGUUCUCCGAGACAAAGCAGAGGGAGAACGCCCUGAUGAGGGAGCAGCGUGCUCGCUACAUGUCCAACGACUCCACCCUCGCCAGUUACAGCGAACCGGGCUCAUGCUACGAGGAGAUGCUACGCUACAUCAGUCACCUUUAUCGCAAGUUAACACGCAGACUCCAGAGGUUAUACUCUGGAUGGCACAGUAAAAGGCGUAAAAAGGUGAAUCCUAAUGGCAGCGGCGGAGGCAGUAACGGCGGGGGUAAUGGACACGGCCAUGGUUCCAGCAGGGGCUGUGGUGGCUUAGGUCCGGGUAGUGCAUUGUGGUUGAGACCGAUCCAUAACCUUCUGCAGCACCAUCAGCACCAGCACUGCCGCCUCAGCAACGGAGGGCAGCACACCAUCAGCGUGGAAACCACCGAACACAUGGACGGAGAAAGAGGGGUAGGAGGAGGGGAGGAGCUGGAGAUGAAGUCGCUUCCUGUAAGGAGAGGGAGUACUAAUGGAAAUAGCAGCAGUGGCGGCGGCCAUCCGUCUGGUUUCACCCAAGGCAUGGGGGCAUUGCUCGGGCGACUGAACGGGGGGAUGAACUAUCCGACCAUUCUGCCGUCGUUUGUGUGCAGCUACAGUAGUAAGACGCCGCCCCCUCACUCCCAGCAGUGUGGUCCCAGUCCAGAGCAGCACCCCCCAAACCACCCAGCAUCUGAACACACAGAGACACUGAACAAGCUCCACCAGCUCAUGGGACAGCACAGACGCCAGAGGCUGCUGUACCAGCUGGCCGGCGUGGUGCCCAGCCCUCUGCUCUUGGAGCUGCUUAGCUGCCCUCUGUGUGCCCAUAGCCUGGAGACCUUGGAGCUGGAACUGGGAGACCUGGAGGGAGGCAGGGGAGAGACUGACGGACUGCACGACUUCCCCCAGGGGGGGGACCUGAGAAGUGGGCGAGGUCGGAGCAGACAGCGGGGGGUUGUGGAGUACAAAAAUGGAGUGGUUUGGGCCUGGAGAGGUUUCAGGGAAAAACUGAAGAGGAUUGUGGAAAGUAAAUACUUCAACCGAGGGAUCAUGAUCGCUAUCCUCGUCAAUACUCUCAGCAUGGGGAUUGAGUACCACGAGCAGCCUGAAGAGUUGACUGAUGUGUUAGAGAUCAGUAACAUCGUUUUCACCAGUAUGUUUGUCCUGGAGAUGGGUUUCAUGCUGCUGGCCUUUGGUUUGUUCGGAUACAUCAGGAACCCAUACAACAUAUUCGACAGCAUCAUUGUUAUCAUCAGUGUGUGGGAGAUAAUUGGUCAAGCAGACGGAGGGUUGUCAGUCCUGCGAACAUUUCGUCUCCUGCGGGUUCUGAAGCUGGUUCGCUUCCUGCCUGCCCUGAGGAGACAACUGGUAGUGCUCAUGAAGACCAUGGACAAUGUGGCCACCUUCUGCAUGCUGCUGAUGCUUUUCAUCUUCACUUUCAGUAUACUGGGUAUGCACUUGUUUGGCUGUAAAUUCAGUCUUGAAACAGAGAAUGGGGACACCAUCCCUGACCGCAAGAACUUUGACUCUCUACUCUGGGCCAUCGUCACUGUAUUCCAGAUUCUUACCCAAGAGGACUGGAAUGUGGUGUUGUAUAACGGCAUGGCCUCCACCUCUCCAUGGGCAGCUCUCUACUUUGUUGCUCUCAUGACAUUUGGCAACUAUGUGCUCUUCAAUUUACUUGUGGCGAUCUUGGUUGAGGGCUUCCAGGCUGAGGGUGAUGCUAAUCGGUCAGAGUCAGAUGAUGAGAAGAAAUCGGACAACUUUGAGGAGGAUGAGAAAGUAGAACAGCUCAGAGACACAGAGCUAAAAAUGUACUCUCUGAUGAUGACAGCCAACGGUCACGUUGACCCUCGUGGCUCGAUGGCUCCUCCCAUAAUCAUGCGCACGGCAGCCACACCCAUGCCCACUCCCAAGAGCUCUCUGGGGCCUGAGUCUAUCCUUGGAGAGGAGGUGACGUAUGGAGAAGGCGUGCCUCAAUAUGGCGAGGUGGGACUGGGCUUUUCCGAGGCAGGAGUUGGUCAUGCAGAGUCUCGCCGUGGAAGCUCCACCUCCAUGGAGCCUUUAGCCUAUGACCAGCGUUCUCUGAGCCUCUCAAGUCCCGGCCGGCGUUCCCCUCUUCCUCCCCGCUCAUGGGGAAGCCGUCGCUCCAGCUGGAACAGCCUGGGAAGAGCGCCGAGCCUCAAGAGGAGAGACACCAGCGGAGAGAGGGAGAGCCUGUUGUCUGGGGAGGGAGGAGAGGACGAAGAUGGUGGGGAGGACAAGGGAGAGGCCAGUGGAAAAAACCGACUACGGCCCUUGGAGUCCUUGGAGCUGCUGCAGGCGUCUACUCUCUGUCCUUCUAUAAUAGCAGAGUAUAGUGACUGUAACGGGAGGACCCUGACCUAUGACCCCAACUUGAACUCUGACCCCAAGGAAGACUCCUCGCCUGAGGACGACAUGGAUGAUGACUGUACUUUCUGCAACUGGAUCAAAAAAGAGCUUGAUAACGUGAAGCCCCGCUGGUGCAAAGAGCAUGAAGACUGGACGCUGUAUUUGUUCUCUCCAGAGAGCCUAUUACGUGCGUGGUGCCAAAGCGUGAUCUCUCACAAGAUGUUCGACCAUGUGGUUCUGGUUUUCAUCUUCCUCAACUGCAUCACCAUCGCUCUGGAAAGACCUGCUAUACAGCCUGACAGCACGGAGCGAGUGUUUCUGAGUGUGUCCAACUACGUUUUCACUGUGAUCUUCCUAGCAGAGAUGGCCAUUAAGGUUGUAGCUCUCGGUUUCUGCUUUGGGAAGCAGAGCUACCUCCAGUCCAGCUGGAACAUUCUAGAUGGUUUGUUGGUGUUUGUGUCUCUGGUCGACAUUCUGGUCUCUCUGGCCUCUACUGGCGGAAACAGGAUCCUGGGCAUCCUCAGAGUCCUACGCCUGCUACGAACACUACGCCCACUGAGGGUAAUCAGCCGAGCCCCGGGACUGAAGCUAGUUGUCGAGACGCUCAUCACCUCUCUCAGACCCAUUGGGAACAUUGUCCUUAUCUGUUGCGCUUUCUUCAUUGUCUUUGGCAUCUUGGGGGUGCAGCUGUUCAAAGGCAAGUUCUACCACUGUGAAGGUCUGGACACCAAAAACAUCACCAACAAGUCUGACUGUCUGCAGGCCAACUAUCGCUGGAUACGAAGGAAGUACAACUUUGACAACCUGAUUCAGGCUCUGAUGUCUUUGUUUGUGCUGUCCUGUAAGGACGGCUGGGUCAACAUCAUGUACGACGGGCUUGAUGCGGUGGGGGUGGACCAACAGCCUGUAAGGAACCACAACCCCUGGAUGCUGCUGUACUUCAUCUCCUUCCUACUCAUCGUCAGCUUCUUCGUCCUCAAUAUGUUUGUCGGGGUCGUGGUGGAGAACUUCCACAAGUGCCGGCAGGACCAGGAAGAGGAAGAGGCUCGCUUACGGGAAGAGAAGAGGCUCAAAAUGAUAGAGAAAAAGCGCAGGAAGGCCAAGCAGAGGCCUUACUAUGCAGACUACUCUCCCCUGCGUCUGUCCAUCCACACACUGUGUACCAGCCACUACCUGGACCUCUUCAUCACCUUCAUCAUCUGCAUCAAUGUCUUCACCAUGAGCAUUGAGCACUACAAUCAGCCACAGUAUUUAGAGGAGGUCCUGAAGUACUGUAACUACGUCUUUACCUGCAUCUUCGUGAUCGAGGCCCUGCUCAAGCUUACGGCAUUCGGCAUACACAGGUUCUUCAAAGACAGGUGGAAUCAGCUGGAUAUAGCUAUAGUGGCGUUGUCCAUCAUGGGCAUCACCCUGGAGGAGCUGAAAAUGAGCGCAGCACUGCCCAUAAAUCCUACCAUAAUCAGAAUCAUGAGAGUACUCAGAAUAGCACGAGUGCUGAAACUUCUAAAGAUGGCCACGGGGAUGAGAUCUCUGCUGGAUACUGUCAUGCAAGCGCUGCCACAGGUGGGAAAUCUUGGUCUCCUCUUCAUGCUGCUCUUCUUCAUCUACGCUGCGCUGGGAGUGGAGCUGUUCGGCAAACUGGAUUGCAAUCCCAACAACCCAUGUGAGGGUCUGAGCCGUCACGCAACCUUUGAGAAUUUUGGGAUGGCCUUCCUCACGCUGUUUCGAGUGUCCACUGGAGACAACUGGAAUGGGAUUAUGAAAGACACACUAAGGGAGUGUCAUCCAGAAGACCGCCACUGUCUCUCCUACCUGCCUUUGGUCUCUCCAAUUUACUUUGUCACCUUUGUGCUCAUGGCCCAGUUUGUGCUGGUCAACGUGGUGGUGGCUGUUUUAAUGAAGCAUCUAGAGGAAAGCAACAAGGAAGCUAAAGAGGAUGCAGAGAUGGAUGCAGAGAUCGCCUUGGAAAUGGCUAUGGAGAGGCAACGCAAAUUAAGCACAAGCUCCCACAACAGUUCAGUAGCAGGGACCUAUGUUGGGCCAUGUCCCCAUUCACCUGAGCAGGAGGAAGAGGCGCAGUACGGUGACCAGGACCUGCUGUCACCAAGGAAGAUGUCUGUAUCCAGGAUGCACUCUCUGCCGAAUGACAGCUACAUGUUCCGACCUGUGCGGCCUGCCAGCGCCCCCUACCCUUUGGAGGAAGUAGAUCUCAGUCCCCAGCACCAGCAUUCAGGCUCAGUGACGUCGGUCCACUCCCAGCCAUGUGAGAGUCGCGCACUGCUGCAGGUACCAGACGUUUCCCCGAUUCACCCUCGGCCACCUCCCACCCUCACCCUCACCCUGCCCCGCAUUGCCCCGCCCACGCCCAGCCCCUCCCCACGGUCCCUGCGCAGACAGGUGGCACUUAAAGUGGACUCUGUGGAGUACCAGGGUUGUGAGCAACAGGAGAGGCCCAGCCCUGAUAUACUGCCUCCCCCCUCUCCUUCUCCCCUCUCUCCUCAUACAUCCUCCCCAUCUCCCCUGCCCCCUCCACCUCCCUCCUCCCCCUCAGCCCUUUCUCUCCCACCCUGCUCCCCUUCUGCCUUCCCUCUCCCUCCUCCCUCUCCCUCUCCCUCUCGUCUACCCCCUCUACUGUCCUCCCCCUCUUCCCUACCUCCUCCGCCAUCUUCCCCCUCGCUUCUUCUCCCUCCGCCUCCCUCCCCCCGCCUCCCCCUGCGCCCUCCCAGCCUUCGGAGACCUAGGCCGCCCUCUGCUGCCUCCCUCUGCGACCCUGCAGAUGAGGAGGUGUAUCACAUCACCAGCUCAGCCAGCCACAGGUGGAGAGCUGAGGAGGGAGGAGGGCAGGAGAUAAGAGGGAAGGCCGGCCGCAGCCACUCCCUCUCCCCCUACACCACCCCAUACCCUCUAGAUUCCUACUCCACUUCCUCCCCUACUCAUCCCCCGCUACCACCUUCCUCCUCGAGGAGCGCGCUCAGUCUGCUUGGGGCGGGAUUGAAGGACCGUGACUUUAGGAAGGGUCUUAGCGUUGACAACCAGGGCUUCCUGGACAAGCCAUUAUCAUUGUCUGCUGGUAAUCCUGAUGAUCAGCGCCGCCACUCAAUAGAAGUCUGCCUCCCACAAGCUGUGAUCACCAGUGAUGACCAACACUUUACACGUGAGGCCCUGCGGUCAGAAAGGGGUGGUCAGGCAUUCCCUGUGAGGGUGCAGUCAGUCGGGGGCGGCCACAGAAAGAAGAAGAUGAGUCCUCCUUGUAUAUCCAUCCACCCGCCCUCAGAGAGGGAAAACCCCCAAGUCGCUUCGCCCCCGAAACUGUCUGACUGCAGCAUGAUGCUGAGACGCAGGACACCGUCCUAUGACUUGACCCCGCACACACCGUCAAACACGCACACGCAAGACGUCUCGGCAGAUUCACAGAUGCACUCCCCGAUGCACAUGGUGCUCACACCCAUCCAUGUACCACUGCAAGCACACUCAUCAACACACACACUGACACCCUCGCGGGCAUCUACUCCAGCACCCACUCAGACAUACAUUCCACCACAUGCAUCCACACCCACACACCCACACAUCCCGAUCAGCCCAAACAUCUUCAUUCAGCCUCAUGCACCUCUGGUCCCAAAUGCGAUGCCUUUCGCACAGACACACUCCCUCUCCCCUGCUGCAAGGCACUCCCCUCACACAGGAGACUACGUCCCCCUCCCUCAGUUCACCUUCGACCAACCACAGUCCAGAUACAUGAGUGGCCUGUCAGCUGGCCUAUCAGAUGCUGAUACAGCCACCUGCUCUUCCCCUUUCGACAACAGACUGGGAAGCAGUGCAGGAGUCAGUGCAAAGAACCGGAGGACCGCCCAAUGAACAUGGAGCAUUGCCUUCAGGGAGUGAAUUAAUUGGUCCAAAAUCUCUAAAAUUGGAUAGUGGAGCCUCUUUGAAAGAAGUUUACUGAAAGAGGGAUUUUUUUUGUUUUUGUUAAGAUGAAUACUGAAAAGACAUGACUUAUUCUCUCCAGGGAGACCCUGGGACAGUCCUGUUCAUGAAUAAUAGAAAAUGGAUCCAUUUUCCUAAAGAAGAGGAGAUCCACUGAGGCUGUACCAGUCAAACAGUACCCACUGUACAUGGUGUGUUUGAGACUUACUCCAGUAACACACCAGGACUAAAGCCACCUAACUCCGUAGCCAAAGUUUUUUCUGACACACUGUCCCCACCCACGCUAGUCAAUCAGGAAGCAGCGUCUGGCUGAUAACCUCUGCCCUUUACAGGAAGUGGUUUGUGAAAUGCGAGCGUGGGGGGGAAUUGUGGGAUAUGCAACUUCAGGUUUUCUACAGAAGUUCUGCUUGCCCCUCCUCUGCUCCCCGAUCACAUUGAUCAGAGCAGACGCGCGUGUGUGUGUGUGUGUGUGUGAGCGUGUCUGCGUUUUCCUAUGUGCCAGUAUUGUCAAAUCUGUUGUCAUGGAAGUCGGCCAUGUAAUUCUUACGCCUGCGACGACAGAGAGGGGGAGCAGGGCAGAGCUGUAGUGUAUGUUUAUCUGUGUAUCUGUGCAGUGUAAAUAAAGGAAAAUACUGUAUUUGGUGAGAUUAAAAAUAGCUCUAUCCAUAUGCACAUAUUUUUAUAGAGAUCUAAAAUGUUUUUUGCACACAAAUUUAAAUUUCAAGUUGCUUGUUUUUCCUCUGUUGUCUUCUUGUGAAUGUAUGUUUCUUUUCAAAACGGAGAGAGCAGGGAAGGAGCUCAACCCUCCUCUCAACAGGCCAGCUGAGGUCGAGAAGUGGGAUUUUAUUUUUCUAUUUUGAAAAGGAGAAAUGGGGUGUGGUGUGUUUCUGUAGCUUUGUCUCAGAUUUCUAUGUAUUUGAUGUCUAAAUAACAGUCUUAAGAAGUGGGCUCAGUGAUGCAAGCCAAAUUCAUUUUAAGAUGUUUUUCCACACUCAGACUACUGACUAGGCAUGUGUGCUGACUCUCCACAAAUUCAAUACUAAAUGUGGCUAUUAUUCUAAAUGAAUCACAACGGGUUUUGCCCUUGAAGUGAAUUAAAAAUAUAGUAACAUAUAUGCAAUACAGAAAAACAACUGUCCUUCGGUAUAUUUAUUUGUGCAGAUAGGUUAGAAAAGAACAACUUGUAAGCAGAUAAAUAUAUAUGUGGGCUGCUGGCUUUGGGAAAAUAUACAAAAUCCAGUGUUACCCUCUUGAAAAGUAUAACCUGCCAUCACUGAACCCUCCUUCUACAGCUGUUUUCAAGCUGGAUCAGCUUGGACACCACUUUUGUACAUCUAAAGACAACCAAACUAACUAAGUUACUAAAUAUGUGUAGCCAGAGUGCAAUAAUAAUAUAUACUUGUGAAAAAUAUAGUAACAUCCACACUACAUACCACAACUACACUUUUGUGUUCGUACAUACUGUAGAACUACUAUAUAUGAUAUAAACCCAAUUUUAUAUGAUGAUUGAAAGUAUUUCUAUCUCUAGUGUUCAUAUAGGUACGUGCCCCCUGCGUGUGGCAUGGGCAUGGCUGGAAGCUGUGUUAGGUAGUGUAUAUUUUUUAUUAAAGCUCAGGCCCACCCGCUGAGUUACUGUAAGCAGAAGAGCAUCUCAGCUUAGGACUAACCAGUUUAUUCCCUCCCUUGAUUUUAUUUUUAACCCACCAGAUUUGAAACCACACACCAUAUUUGUUACCUAUAUAUCAGUUAUGUUGAAUUAACCUAUCCACAGAAUCAUGUAACCUCCAAGGUGUGAAUGACAAAGAAUGACAAGCAUUUUCCUUCCAGUGGCUGAACGUUUUCUUACCAAGCCAUACCUUUAUUCUGACACAGCACAAUAUGUGUUUUUGUUUUCUAAUUUCUUGUGGUUUGGCACAAGAAAUUAGAAGAAGAUAGAUGAGAAGCACGCUUGUAAGCUACUUGGGUACUUUCAAAGGCAGCUGGCUGGGACGGCGUCUUCAUAUCAACAUAUAACAUGCACAACUCCUCGGUUAUCUGAGAGAAAACCAAAGUGCUUUGAUGUUGUACCAUAAUCACCGGAGGCCCAGUAUUUCUCAUAAUUGUGCAAUGGAAAACAUAAAUAAUAUCUGAUUAAGUAUUGCCAACCAUAUUAAGUAUUUGUGAUUGAUUAACAAGAUGAUAAAGGUCUCUGAAGGUCAGUAAAAAUUCUUAAAUAGCCAGUUCGGCAACAAGUAAAGCCUUGUCUCUAUAAAACAAAAAUUUAAAAGCAGAGGACAGCUAUUUUUAUGAUAAUUUUUCAGUUACACAAUUGGCCUGACAUUGUGCUAAAACUAGCGGUAAAAAGCUGUAAGAGAGUGCUGACACCUACAGAAACCCUGUCCAAAUUAUUAUCAGAUUAUCAUUCUCUUUCAACACUCAUUAGCUUUACGCCUCCCAAGCAAAAUGUAGGGGGGCAAAAUUGUGAUAGAAAACGUAAGGAAAAAAGCAAAAGGAGAGAAUAAAACGAUUGAAAUGUUAAUUAUGCCACAGGUCAAUUACCUUUGACCUUUGGGCACUACAGCGCAGCCCUGUGAUUGGUUGUCAUCCUUGGAUAAAUCUACAUUCAGAAGUACAGUGCUGCUGCUGUGAGCUGAGGUGACAGUCAGGCAAAAAGGACAAAGUUCGAUAAUGGUUUGCAUCUUGCAAAGACAGAAUGAAAAGGUUUUAGACAAUGAAAUCACAAUUUGGAAAUGUUGCUGCUGUCUUUUGAUAGCACUCUUCUUCCAGUUCUGACAUACAGAAACACAUCUGAUGCCGGAUUCUGAGAUGUCCUCCCUCCUCUACAUGGCACAGUUGGUCGUCCCCUUGUUUAAAAUGAUUUUAUUACAGUAUGUGCUUGAACACACUGUUUUUGUGUAACUACUUUGUCUUGUUUCAUGUCCUCUUCCUGCACAGAUUGUCAGCAGGAGGUUUUAAGUUGUCUGAAGACAGCCUCUUUCUGGCUCCCUCUUAUUUGACUUAGUGCGGACAACCCCGAUAUACAGCAUAAUGCCAUAUUAAUCCACACAGUUUGGUAGAGUGACUGCAUAAUUGUUCUUACGAUUUACAGAUCUUUGGAUCUCAGUAUUUAAAUCCUGUUUUUGAGGAAACAGUUUUGAUUAUUGCAUGUUCUGAUUUAAGGAAAAAAAAAUGUUUUGGGAAAGAAUCAUCUGGAUGUUUUAGAGAUUUUGAUAUUUGCAUUUUCAGAUGUUUCCAUUUGUAGACUACCUAAUUGCACUGGGCUCUGAUUAAUUGGUAUCUGAUAAAAUACUGAUUAAAUCACCCUGUUCUUUAUUGUUCAAUGCAAUAGUGGGUGGUUAUUUACUGUAUGAGGACAUAUCUCCUCUUUAUACAGUUUUAUAGAGAGAAAUGGCAACCUAGUUGGUUCUUUUUUUGUUCAGAACCAAUGUUAUUUAAUGUUGAGGUGAACCUUUUUUCACUUUUCCUCCUGAUACUCUAAACAUGAUGGUGAAACUAAUUAACUGAUGUAUAUUUUAUGUAGGUGUAGCCUCAGCCCUGAUGCUCUGUAAGGGACAGAAAAGGAUAGUAAUAAGUAGUGUUUUCUGGUCCGGCCUCACAGUGAAGCUGAUCACGCUUCUGUCGCCGCAACGCCAGACUCCAGAAGGUUCAAACUGUGAUAGAACUUGACUCUGAUGAAUCAGAAGCCUUGUGUUUUCAUUCUUUCUUUUUUAUAACCCUUCAGUGAUUGGCCCAGGCACCCCCACCCCCAGACCCCCCCAAGCCUUACAAGGAGGGGAGGAGGUGUGUUCUGUCUGUCAGAGGAGAACCAAUGUGUCUGCAAUAAUAAACCCUCCAUUAUUCCCUGUAACAGAGGGAGAAGGGAGGGGACAGGGGAGGUGUUUAAAGGCUCGACACACAGUCGGACUCUCUACAUUGUAUCGUUGCUGAUUAUUGUGUGAUGACCAACUGUUGUCCUGAAGGAUGUUUCCCUGUCAAUUAAAAAAAUACGAUUUUUUUAUUCCUGA